UUAUACUCCGAAUAUGAAACCCGUAGCCCGUGAAGGACCAGUAGCGAUGAAGAGACCAAACACUGAGAAUAGAUCUCAAAAUGAAACUUGUAGGGAGAUGGCGAGAGAGAAGAGGUGUGUGGAGUGUGGUCACAGAGUUAAAUCAUUGUUAAUCCAAUACUCUCCUGGCAACUUUCGUCUCAUGAAAUGCGAGAAUUGCGAUGAAGUAGCAGACGAAUACAUCGAGUGUGAGCUAAUGAUUAUAUUCAUUGACUUGGUUCUUCACAAAACAAAGGCUUAUAGACAUUUACUCUUCAAUGUGUUCUCUCAAGAAACUGUCUACGUUCAGCAUCUGUUGUGGAAACUGGUCUUGGCUUAUCUUCUUCUAGAUACUUAUAGAAGCUUGCUAUUGCGAAGAACUAAUGAUGAGUCAAGCCUGCCCUUGAACUCUAUUCUUGCACCUCUAGAGGUUCUGGUUAAUGUCUUGUCUGCAAACUUUGCAUUUGUUGUAUCAUUUGUACUUGCGUCCAAGAUUAUAUCAAUCGGUGCUUCAAGAAGGAAAGAGAUUCUUUUGGGGAUAUUUAUCUCCAGUUACAUCAAGAUCUUUCUGUUUGCUAUGCCGGUAUGGGAGUUCCCGGUUUCGGUUAUCUUCAUUAUUGAUAUGCUUGUAUUAACAUCAAACGCAGUUGCUCUUAAAGUUAUGACUGAAUCAACAACGAGCCGAUGCUUAGCUGCGUGUUUCAUGGCACAUUCAAUAAAGUUCUUGGCAGAUCAAAUCUCUGGGUCAAGGUCAUUGAAACACUUGGGAUCUGUGAUGUAUCUGCCGUUUCUUUUCAGAAACUUGUGAUCUUAUAAUCGUCAUAUGGGGUUUUAACUUUGAUCAUAUGCUCAUAAAGAUUAAUGUACGGAUCUUGACACACUUUUAUUU